AUGGCCGAUUGGGGUCCGGAGAUAAUAGCGGUGGUGCGGUUCGUGUUGCUGACCCCAGGGCUCCAUCUCCAGUUACCUGGUCGUGGAAUCUGGUUGAAGAUCGACCUGCUAAAUGAGAGCCCAUACCAGCGAGUGAAGAGCGAUCGAGAGCAUGAUGUGAACGUGAGGAAGCACGUGGACUUCUUCACGAAUUCUCAGGGAAUAUUCAACGGAAUAAUUACCCUCUGCCCAGAAGGGCACGUGGCAAGAAUAUAUUGGUGCAGCGCGAUAGUGGCGAUAACUACCUCUGACACACACACGCACUAUGUGUGCACGGACGGGCAGAUCCGGGCAGCGCUGGGCAGACAGCUCACCAAAUUCGGGCAGCUCCUAGGGCAGGUACACGGCGUUCUACCGACAAAGAGGAGGAAGACGAGCUGA